UGUAUUGGAAUAUUAUCUGACCGUGAUUUGGACAUAUUUGUAAUAUUCUGAUUGCGUUUAUCACAACGUGGAAUUGUCCUCCAAAUUUGAAAUAAUCUUAUCAAAUAUCAUUUGUUGCAGGUAAUAGGUAUUUCCACCUUUUCCGUUCGAUGAUUUAAACUCGUUUUUUUCGUAUUUCGUAGUACGAUCGAAGAUCCAACAUCGAAAGUCAGUGUUUCGGCGUUUAGUACUGAACGUCAAAAUUAUUUUUUAUUUUCGAUCAAACGUAAACUGAGUUCCAGGGAAAAAUUUAAAUACUCAUUGUUCAAAGAACACUGCUAUUGUCAUGUCGACGAUUGUGUACAGCUCGGAUUACGGCAAAGUUUUCAAUGACAAUAUACACGGUCACAUUAUGCUCCAUCCGCUCUGCGUGAAACUCAUCGACACACCUGAAUUUCAAAGAUUGCGAAACAUCAAACAGCUUGGUACCACUUAUCUAGUCUACCCCUGUGCUAGCAUUAAUCGGUUUGAACAUUCUAUUGGUGUUUGUUACUUAGCUGGACAAAUGAUUGAAGCUUUAUGUCGAAAUUCAGGUGAAGAUAUUAAUGUUACUAAAGAAGAAAAACUGUGUGUUGAAUUAGCAGGCCUUUGUCAUGAUCUUGGACAUGGCCCUUUAUCACACAGUUGGGAAAGAUAUCUUAAGGCUUCUGGAGUUGAUUGGAAGCAUGAAGAAAGUUCAACUGAAAUGCUUAAGUAUAUCAUACAAAAGUAUGAUUUAGAAAAAGAGCUAAAAAAAUAUGGACUGAAUGUGGAGUAUCACGUUGAAUUGAUUUGUGAAUUUAUUAGAGGAGGAGGAAAGUUACUAGUAGAAAACCAUUUCUUAUACCAGGUUGUAUCAAAUAAAGAUAAUGGCAUUGAUGUUGAUAAAUGGGAUUACUUUUUACGUGACGGAAAUUGUUUAAAUUUAAGCAUAUCAUUUGAUUACAAAAGAUUGAUGCAGUUUUCUAGAGUUGUAUUAGAUCCUAAUUCAAACCAACCAAAACAAGUAAUAGCAUUCAGAAAUAAAGAGGCUAGAAACAUAUAUGACAUGUUUAGAGUGAGGUCAGAUUUACAUCUGAGAGCUUACCAACACACAGCGGUUCAAAAUACAGAGUUGAUGAUGGUUGACAUGCUAUUAAAAGCAGAGAAGUAUUUUACUGUACAAAUUUCAUCUGGUACUAAGUUUGGUUUGAAUGAAGCUCAUACAAAUAUCGAAGCAAUGUCUCGUUUAACUGACCACAUUUUAUGUGAUAUUCAAUAUAGCCAUGACCCAAAUUUGGAAGAGGCUAAAAGUUUAUUAAAUAGAUUACAUACAAGACAUUUAUAUAAAUUUAUUGGUUCCUAUAAUUUAAUAUUUAUUAACAAAGAAAUUUAUAACAAAUCGAUCGACGUUGAAAAUUUAAAACAAAAUCUUAAGAAUGAAUUGCAAAAACAAUUUGGUUUUGAAUUUGGCGUUACAGCUACUUGGCUUAAUUGUGGAUAUCCAUUGAUAAAUCCAUUGGAAAAAGUAUUAUUUUUCAAGAAACCAUUAUAUAAUAAUACCUCAAUUGUAUUGGAUGAUACUCCAUAUCAGAAUGUAUAUCCUAUGAAUGAAUUAGAGUUUUUUAAACGAGAUAUUAAUGUAUUUAGUAAAUUACUUCAAUUGACGGAUAGUCAGUUAAAAGAAAUUGAUGCUGCUUGCAAUUCAUUUUUAAAAAAUUUCAGGCCAUAAUUUAUCUGAUUCAAGUACACAUUCAAUUAAUACCAAAUGACUAAAUAAUUCACAAGAUAAAGAAUAUUAUGAAUAAGAAGACAUAAUGUAUUACACUUACAUAAAUGAGUCAAUAUUAGUUUAAUCAAACAAAGUAUGUAUAAAACAUUCUUUUUUAUUUUAUUUUAUAAAAUGUCAAUUCUUUAUAAUAUUAUAUUUUUAUAAAUAUACAUA